AUGGCACAAGUGGCAAAACUCCACCAAAGCAGCACAAGACGUUCUGUGGUGCAAAAACCACAGAAUUUUCUCUCUGCAAAAACCAGCAAAGUGAUCCAAACUGUUGCAAACUUGAUAUGCAGCUUUCGAGGCUCUGUCCCCCAAGGACUGGUCUUAGAAAUAGGAGAAACCGUUCAGAUUCUUGAAAAAUGUGAAGGUUGGUACAGAGGAGUUUCAACAAAGAAGCCUAAUGUAAAGGGGAUCUUUCCUGCGAAUUAUAUUCAUUUGAAAAAGGCAAUUGUCAGUAAUAGGGGGCAGUAUGAAACUGUGGUUCCACUUGAAGAUUCUAUUGUGACUGAGGUUACAGCAACUCUACAAGAAUGGGCCAGCCUGUGGAAACAACUGUAUGUGAAACACAAAGUAGAUCUUUUCUACAAACUACGCCAUGUGAUGAAUGAACUUAUUGACCUGCGAAGGCAGCUGCUGUCUGGUCACCUGACACAGGAUCAGGUGCGGGAGGUUAAACGGCACAUCACCGUGCGUCUGGACUGGGGUAAUGAGCAUUUGGGCCUGGACUUGGUACCUCGGAAGGACUUUGAAGUAGUGGAUUCAGACCAGAUUAGUGUCUCGGAUCUCUAUAAAAUGCAUUUAUCUAGCCGGCAGAGUGUGCAGCAGAGCACAUCCCAAGUAGAUACAAUGCGCCCACGCCAUGGGGAAACCUGUCGGAUGCCAAUACCACACCAUUUCUUCUUCAGCCUGAAGAGUUUCACCUACAAUACCAUUGGGGAGGACACUGAUGUCUUCUUUUCUCUAUAUGACAUGAGAGAAGGCAAGCAGAUCAGUGAACGGUUCCUGGUGAGACUGAACAAGAAUGGUGGACCAAGGAACCCAGAGAAGAUAGACCGAAUGUGUGCCCUUUUUACAGAUCUAAGCAGCAAAGACAUGAAGAGAGAUUUAUACAUAGUUGCCCAUGUGAUCCGAAUAGGCCGGAUGCUCCUGAAUGACUCCAAAAAGGGUCCCGCUCACCUACACUAUAGGCGACCAUAUGGCUGUGCGGUUCUAAGCAUUUUGGAUGUUCUACAGUCACUUACAGAAUUAAAAGAAGAAAAGGAUUUUGUUCUUAAGGUUUACACAUGUAACAAUGAGAGUGAAUGGACCCAGAUUCAUGAGAACAUCAUUCGAAAGUCAAGUACCAAGUACUCGGCCCCCAGCGCCAGCCAUGGUCUUAUUAUUUCCCUACAGCUUUUUCGCGGUGACAUGGAACAGAUCCGGAGAGAAAAUCCCAUGAUAUUUAAUAGAGGAUUAGCAAUUACAAGAAAACUGGGAUUUCCUGAUGUCAUCAUGCCAGGUGAUAUCCGCAAUGAUUUGUACCUAACUCUGGAGAAGGGGGAUUUUGAAAGAGGAGGAAAGAGUGUGCAAAAGAAUAUUGAAGUGACCAUGUAUGUACUUUAUGCAGAUGGAGAGAUCUUGAAGGACUGUAUCAGCUUGGGUUCAGGAGAGCCAAAUAGGAGUUCCUACCACUCCUUUGUUCUCUACCACAGUAAUAGUCCUCGUUGGGGAGAAAUUAUCAAAUUACCUAUUCCCAUUGACAGAUUCCGGGGCUCCCAUCUACGCUUUGAGUUCAGACAUUGUUCCACAAAGGACAAAGGGGAAAAGAAACUCUUUGGCUUCGCAUUCUCCCCCCUGAUGCGUGAUGAUGGCACCACACUAUCAGAUGAUAUUCAUGAGCUUUAUGUGUAUAAGUGUGAUGAGAAUAGCACAUUUAACAACCAUGCCCUGUACCUGGGCCUGCCCUGCUGCAAAGAAGACUACAAUGGCUGCCCCAAUAUUCCCUCCAGCCUCAUCUUCCAGCGUAGCACCAAAGAGUCUUUCUUCAUUUCUACACAACUUUCUUCUACCAAACUCACACAGAAUGUGGACCUCCUUGCUCUACUGAAAUGGAAGGCCUUCCCAGACAGGAUCAUGGACAUACUAGGGCGGUUGCGCCAUGUCAGUGGAGAAGAAAUCGUUAAGUUUCUGCAAGAUAUCUUAGAUACACUCUUUGUGAUUUUGGAUGAUAAUACAGAGAAAUAUGGCCUUUUAGUUUUUCAGUCUCUGGUUUUCAUCAUCAACCUGCUUCGAGACAUAAAAUAUUUCCACUUCCGGCCUGUGAUGGACACAUAUAUCCAGAAGCACUUUGCUGGAGCCCUGGCUUAUAAGGAGCUCAUCCGCUGUUUGAAGUGGUACAUGGACUGCUCAGCAGAACUGAUUCGGCAGGACCACAUUCAGGAAGCCAUGCGGGCCCUAGAGUACCUUUUCAAGUUCAUUGUUCAAUCACGAAUCCUGUAUUCAAGAGCAACAUGUGGGAUGGAAGAGGAACAAUUCCGGUCAAGCAUCCAGGAGCUUUUCCAGUCUAUCCGGUUUGUGCUGAGUCUGGACAGUAGAAACUCAGAAACACUCCUCUUCACUCAGGCUGCACUACUUAAUUCUUUCCCCACCAUCUUUGAUGAGCUGCUGCAAAUGUUUACUGUACAAGAGGUAGCAGAGUUUGUGAGAGGCACACUGGGGAGCAUGCCCAGCACUGUGCACAUCGGGCAGUCGAUGGAUGUUGUGAAGCUGCAGUCCAUCGCCAGGACAGUGGACAGUCGCCUGUUUUCCUUUUCAGAAUCCCGCCGCAUCCUACUUCCUGUGGUUCUUCAUCACAUUCAUCUUCACCUGAGGCAGCAGAAAGAGUUGCUGAUCUGUUCAGGGAUUCUGGGCAGCAUCUUCUCCAUCGUCAAGACCAGCUCUCUGGAGGCAGAUGUCAUGGAGGAGGUAGAGAUGAUGGUGGAAAGCCUCCUGGAUGUGCUCUUACAGACUCUACUAACCAUCAUGAGUAAAUCACAUGCUCAGGAGGCGGUAAGAGGGCAGCGGUGCCCGCAGUGCACAGCCGAGAUCACUGGUGAAUAUGUGUCCUGCCUCCUCUCACUGCUCCGGCAGAUGUGUGACACCCAUUACCAGCACCUCUUAGACAACUUCCAGAGCAAAGAUGAACUCAAGGAAUUUCUGCUGAAGAUUUUCUGUGUGUUCAGAAACCUAAUGAAGAUGAGCGUCUUUCCUCGAGACUGGAUGGUGAUGAGACUAUUGACAAGCAACAUCAUAGUCACCACUGUCCAGUACCUGUCCUCUGCACUGCACAAGAACUUCACAGACACAGACUUUGACUUCAAGGUGUGGAAUUCUUAUUUUAGCCUGGCAGUUCUGUUCAUAAACCAGCCAAGCCUUCAGCUAGAAAUCAUUACUUCAGCCAAGAGAAAGAAGAUUCUAGAUAAGUACGGGGACAUGCGUGUGAUGAUGGCAUAUGAACUGUUCAGCAUGUGGCAGAACCUGGGUGAACAUAAGAUCCACUUUAUUCCGGGAAUGAUUGGUCCUUUUCUGGGGGUGACGCUGGUCCCACAGCCAGAAGUGCGGAAUAUCAUGAUUCCUAUCUUUCACGACAUGAUGGACUGGGAGCAGAGAAAAAAUGGCAACUUCAAGCAGGUGGAGGCUGAGCUCAUUGACAAGCUGGACAGCAUGGUGUCAGAGGGGAAAGGUGAUGAGAGCUACAGGGAACUCUUCGGCCUGCUAACCCAGCUGUUUGGGCCCUACCCCAGCCUUCUGGAAAAGGUUGAACAGGAAACAUGGCGUGAGACUGGCCUUUCCUUUGUUACCUCAGUCACUCGCCUCAUGGAACGCCUUCUUGACUACAGGGACUGCAUGAAAGGAGAAGAGACAGAGAACAAGAAAAUUGGCUGCACUGUCAACCUGAUGAACUUUUACAAAUCUGAGAUUAACAAAGAGGAAAUGUAUAUUCGAUACAUCCAUAAGCUUUGUGACAUGCACUUACAGGCUGAGAACUACACAGAGGCUGCAUUCACCCUGCUUCUUUACUGUGAGCUGCUGCAAUGGGAAGACCGGCCAUUACGGGAGUUCCUACACUACCCAUCCCAAACUGAGUGGCAGAGGAAAGAGGGACUGUGUAGGAAAAUCAUCCACUACUUCAACAAAGGCAAAAGCUGGGAGUUUGGGAUCCCUCUUUGUAGAGAGCUGGCAUGUCAGUAUGAGAGCCUUUAUGACUAUCAAAGCCUCAGCUGGAUUCGGAAAAUGGAGGCCAGCUAUUAUGACAACAUUAUAGAGCAGCAACGCCUGGAGCCUGAGUUCUUCCGGGUUGGCUUUUAUGGCAGGAAGUUUCCUUUCUUCCUUCGGAACAAAGAAUAUGUGUGCCGUGGUCAUGACUACGAGAGGCUAGAAGCCUUCCAGCAGAGGAUGCUCAGCGAGUUCCCACAAGCUGUUGCUAUGCAGCACCCCAACCAUCCUGAUGAUGCCAUCCUACAGUGUGAUGCUCAGUAUUUACAGAUCUAUGCAGUGACACCUAUUCCAGAUUGUGUGGAUGUUCUACAAAUGGAUAGAGUGCCUGAUCGCGUCAAGAGCUUCUAUCGUGUCAACAACGUGAGAAAGUUCCGCUAUGACAGACCUUUCCACAAAGGCCCCAAGGACAAAGAGAAUGAAUUCAAGAGCCUGUGGAUUGAGCGUACCACACUGACACUGACCCACAGCUUGCCUGGCAUCUCUCGGUGGUUUGAAGUAGAAAGGAGGGAACUGGUGGAGGUGAGUCCUCUGGAGAAUGCCAUCCAGGUAGUUGAGAAUAAGAACCAGGAGCUGCGAGCUCUGAUCAGCCAGUAUCAACACAAACAAGUGCACGGCAACAUCAAUCUGCUUAGCAUGUGCCUGAAUGGUGUCAUUGAUGCAGCUGUCAAUGGAGGCAUUGCACGCUACCAGGAGGCCUUCUUUGAUAAAGAUUAUAUCACCAAGCACCCAGGAGAUGCUGAGAAGAUCGCCCAGCUCAAAGACCUGAUGCAGGAACAGGUCCAUGUUCUUGGAGUUGGGCUGGCAGUUCAUGAGAAGUUUGUGCAUCCAGAAAUGCGGCCUCUGCAUAAGAAGCUGAUUGAUCAGUUCCAGAUGAUGAGGGCCAGUCUGUAUCAUGAAUUUCCAGGUUUGGAAAAGCUAAGUCCUUCAUGUUCGGGCACCAGCACCCCACGGGGAAAUGUUCUGGCAUCCCAUAGCCCUAUGAGUCCUGAGAACAUCAAGAUGACGCACAGGCACAGCCCCAUGAACUUGAUGGGCACAGGCCGCCAUUCAUCAUCCUCUCUCUCCUCACAUGCAUCUAGUGAAACAGGAAACAUGGUGAUGAUGGGUGACAACCCUAUGGGUGAAGCUCCUGAAGACCUCUACCACCACAUGCAGCUUGCAUACCACAACCCCAGGUACCAGGGCUCAAUCACCAACGUCUCUGUUCUGUCCUCGUCCCAGGCAAGCCCUUCUUCCUCCAGCCUGAGUUCUACUCAUUCAGCACCAUCCCAGAUGAUUACCUCUGCCCCUUCUAGCACCCGAGGCUCUCCCUCUCUGCCAGAUAAGUACCGACAUGCCCGGGAAAUGAUGUUGCUGUUGCCCACACAUCGGGACCGCCCAAGCAGUGCCAUGUAUCCAGCAGCCAUUCUGGAGAAUGGACAGCCACCAAACUUCCAGCGGGCCCUGUUCCAGCAAGUAGUUGGAGCCUGUAAACCCUGCAGUGACCCCAAUCUGUCUAUGGCUGAAAAAGCGGUGCCAGCAGCCCCCAGCAGCUGGAGCCUGGAUAGCGGAGCCCAAGAGGCCCAGCCCUUCCUGUCUGCCCUCAUGGGGCACAUCCUGGCCCCCCCAGUGCCUCCCCGAAGCCUGUUGCAUGGUCAUUACUCCUUACACUUCGACGCCUUCCACCACCCUCUGGGUGACACCCCCCCGGCCCUCCCUGCCCGGACACUGCGCAAGUCUCCUCUCCACCCCAUCCCAGCUUCCCCUACAAGCCCCCAAUCGGGCCUGGAUGGCAGCAACUCUACGCUGUCUGGCAGUGCCAGUAGCGGUGUGUCCUCCUUGAGUGAGAGUAACUUUGGGCACUCUUCAGAGGCCCCACCUCGAACAGACACCAUGGACUCCAUGCCAAGCCAGGCCUGGAAUGGCGAUGAAGACCUUGAGCCGCCCUACCUCCCUGUCCACUACAGCCUGUCUGAGUCUGCUGUCCUUGACUCCAUCAAGUCCCAGCCAUGCAGAAGCCACUCAGCCCCAGGGUGUGUCAUCCCUCAGGACCCCAUGGACCCACCUGCGCUGCCACCCAAGCCCUACCACCCCCGCUUGCCAGUCUUAGAGCACGAUGAGGGUGUGCUACUUCGGGAGGAGGCUGAGAGGCCAAGGGGCCUGCACCGCAAGGCUUCACUGCCUCCUGGGAGUGCCAAGGAGGAGCAGGCCCGCAUGGCCUGGGAGCACAGCCGAGGGGAACAAUGA